AUGACUCCAAAAACUACUGUACCUGAUCUUGAUCAACCUAAAACAACUUUUGAAGCUGUAAGUUCUUCAGCACCUGAGUUUGUAUCCCCUACAUGUCAUGAGCAUGAUAUUGCCUCAGAAACGCUUACUAGGUACUUGGCUGAAAACGCAGCAGAUCUUCCUUCUCGCAGUAAUGGGAUAUCUAUAGAGGAAGGCAACUUGAAGGCGGGUGAUUCAUCUAAUCCAGAGCUCAGGAAAAAGAUUACUGUGCUCAAACAGCAACUGAUCGAAAAAGAUCUUAUAAUUGAGGACCUUGAUGCUCGUCUCUCAGUGCUUGAAGCUGAAAGUUCCUUAAAGACUGAUCAAAUUUAUGCUCUUCAACAAGAAAAGUAUCAAAAGUCCAAACAAACUUCUGAUCUUCAAAUCAACCUUGGUGCUCUUUCAGCCGGCUACUUUGAUAAGAAGAAUAGACUUAUCGUUGAAUUUGAAGAUAAGUUUCAAUCAUCAGCUGAAGGCCCAAGUGUUUCUCAAGUUCCUACAACUGAUCCAACCACUUUUCCAAUCUUUGAGCAAAUCGAUAACAGGCCAGUUAGAACCACAACGGUCGUUGACCGAUUUGAGAAGGAACUGGUUUAA